GGCCGAGGAAUAAUUCCGUCUCUUUCUUCUCCCACUUCCCUUCCUGUCCUAUCGUCUCCUCUCCCCAAUUGCCAGUUGCCACGGUCCGCAUCUCUCCCCUCCCGGAGGCCGGAGCACGCAGGAGAUCGACUUCGCCGCGCCGGCUCGCCGGCGACGACACACCCCCACAGAGUGGUGGUGCGAAUAAUGAACAAAGGCAGCAUCCACAAAAAGGAGACGCACGGAACAAGCGACGACAUAAGCGAGAACACGCCUGUGGAGAAGGUCAGGGGCCCCAAUCUGUUUGAACGGGCCAAGGAAGAGAUCGAGGCUCUUGUGGAGGCUGUUCACGAUAAGAUGGAGCACCAUUCCAGUCCCCGCAGGAAGGAGGGUGAAUUGCACAAGGAUUCCAAGGAACACAGUGAGGCAAACAUGCAUAAGAAGACCCAUGAGAACGAAACUCAUGGUACAAGCAAUGAUAUAAGUGAGGACACGCCUGUCAGCAAAGUCAAAGGCCCGGGCGUGUUUGAACGUGCCAAGGAAGAGAUCGAAGCUAUCGCUGAGGCCAUCCAUCCGAAGAAAGAAUCCGACAAGUGAAGAUCGAGCGCAUUGUGUACAUUGUGUCUUCAGUAUUUUCAGUGGCUGUGAAAACUAUGUGGGUUAUGUCCAGGUGGAUGCAUUAUUUGCAUCAUAUCCUUGCAAACUUUGUAUUUUGCAUUGCCAAACUCUAUGGCUGCAAGAGCUGAAUGCGCUUCAUCGUAUCACCGCUGCUUACGGUUGAGCAGAAGCUGUAUAAAGUGUGACAUGACUGUACAACUACUUUGUUGUGUUUGAAUUGCCAAGAAGCUGUAUGCAAUUUAUCACUUGACACUUU